UUGUUUUCAAGAAAAAAUUACAUUCAUUUUUGCUACUUAAAGUUUUAACUUAAAGUUCGUGUUUAUAUGUAUAUAUAUAUAUUUGAUUUAUAUAUAUUAUAUAUAUACUUGUGAUGUUUUAUUUUUUCAUAGCCAAACUUUGACAUGAUGACAUAUACAUUUCACAACGAAUUACACGAUGCUCACUGUUAUUCCUGUUCAAACAAAUAUUUUCGAGUAAUAACAAUUGUUUCAGAAAAAGGUUGUCUCCAUCAGUGUGAAGUCUGGUUCUGCACAUGUGAAUCUGAAUUUUCGAAGUUGUUAAAGUAUGAUUUAUGGCCAUCAACACCUACUAAACCUUCUACUGCCAUCUCAAUAAAAUUGCUGGACCAAUUCGUUGCAUUGCAAAUGGAGGGUAAAAUUUCUUUCACUUCAUUUAUUGAUGGAAUGUCAUGGAAAACUGGUAUGCAUAACCAAACUCUGAAACGCGUAUUAACACGUUUUAUGCAAACAGACUCCAUUGACCAAUACCGUCAAUUCCAGCGACAGUUGAGGGAUCUAUGGUUUUCAGACUUAACAGGAAAAAAACCCAACCAAUGUCCAGCAUGUCCAAUAGAUGCUGGGAGUGUUUUCUAUUGCAUGGAUGCUAAUUUUGGACUUGUUUUAAAAAGCUCUGCAUCAAAAUCAAAGAAUACCCCAAACAAUGACAAAAAUCAUUUUAUUGAAGAUGACGAAGUUGACACAUUCAUGUCUAGCUAUGAUGACAAAGCUGUGGAAAAUAAGGAAUGUAAUAACUUUCAAGCAGGGAACCGUAUCCGUUCAAAAAGAAAAAGUUCAAAGCUUAGUGUGACAGGUGUUUUUGGUGUAUCUUGUCGGCAUGAAAUUCCAAAGCUCUUUCUUAACAUGCGACAUGGCGAGAGAAUUGGUUAUGCGGUAUUAAUGAUGAAUAAAAUCCUAGCUGAAGUGUUGGGUAAAGAUAUUGACGUCCAUAUUAUGUAUGAUAUUGCCUGUCUGUUGAAGAAACAUUUAACUAAAAAAGGAACGUUAAGUAAAUACCCCAAAUUCAAAUUAGGGAUACCAGUAUUUCACGCAUAUGGGCACAAAAGUUCUUGUCAGGUACAACAUUCGAUCCGUAGAAUGGAAGGUUUUGGUUUAAUGGAUGGGGAACUGAUGGAAAGACUCUGGUCCUAUUUGAGAUCGUUUUCAAAAAUCACGAAAGAGAUGACUUCAGCUCACCGUGUUGACUUUUUGAGUGAUGCUUUAAAUCAUUUUACAAUGACUAAGUUAGAAAUAUUAGGGAAAACACUUGUGGGCUGGUAUCAAAAAGCCAAUGCUGUCUAUCAGACUAGUUCUGCAGAAAUCCAAACUUUGUGUUUAAACCUAGAUAAUAUCACAGACGAGGUUAUACACUCAUGGAAGUUGGAGGAAGAGUCUAAAAUUAAAUGGAAAAGUGUUGUAGAGCAAGAGGUUGGUUGGGAAUUCAAAUAUUAUACUAAAAUUAAAGAGCUGAAUAACGAAAAUACAUUACUCCUGUUAAGUAGUAGUGUUUCUGAUACUGCGAGACAUAGGAUAAAACUAAACAGGUUGGAAUCUGGUCUUUCGAGUUUCGAAAAAAAGCACGAUGUAAACGAUCGUUGGAGUAUAACCUCAAAUCAGUACACGUAUCAUCAUCGCAAAUUCGUUCAGAAUGCUGUAAAAACCACUUUGGAUACUUUACAUACUCGUGCAACUGAAAGGUUAAUGUUACUGACUUUAAAGAAACGAUAUGCAGAUGGUUCUUCGAUAUGCAAUCGUUUAUCAGUGCAAAUCAAUAAAAUCUGCAAUGACCUAAAGAAUUUAGUUGAGUCGUUAAAUCAGACGAACAGAGAAUGUGGUGUGUACGAAGAUGUGUUGUAUAAAGAUGCAUUGGACGUCAAUUCCAGGAUAUAUUUAAACACUACUACGGUUGAUCAGGUUAAUAACACUUCACAUAACAUUCCUGCAUCAGUUUACGUGCGUACAAUUUUACCUGCGCAAGUGUCGUGCUACCGAGGAGCUUCAAAUUGUUCGUACGGAAAUGCAGCACGUAUUAAACUACUAUAGAGAAAUGGAAUCCUCAUUGGCUACUGCUAUUUAUAAUAACGAUUCUCCAAAAAAAAUCUUUGUUAUAGAAAAACUAAAUUAUGUACGAAAUACAGUAGAAAAUAUGCAGAAACUAUUUAUGGAUGUCGAAAGCAACAAUCUCGAAGAUGAUUUUGAUGUGACUGUUUAUUGCGAUGGACAAUCUUCAGAUGAAUCUGAUGAAGAAAACCCAUGACCUGUAACUGCAUAUUUCGAUAUAUAUAUUUGUUAGUGUUUUUACAGAAUUGAUUUAUUAUAUUUUCUUUUGCUAUUAUUACUUGGUGACACAUGGAUAGCAAUAUAAUUCAUUGUAACCAUCUGACUAUCACAGCUUGAAAUUGUGUUUCGAAAGCUUUGGCUCUUCUAAGUAAUCACCUCAUUUAAGAUAUAUAUAGAAUAUAAAUUUUGCGCCUUUGUUAAAUUUUGUUACAGAUUUAUAGAAUAUGUAAAACAAAUAUUUAUCUGUUACAGAUUUUACAGAUUUUUUAAUGAUAUUAAUAAGUAGGUUAGAUAUGUCCACUUCUACUUUGUACGGACGCGGUAUUUAUGUGAUGUCAUAAAAAAAAGUUACUAAUGCUUCCUUUGUCUUAUAUAUUGCAAGUUUACUUUGUAAUUUGUGUCGCUGGAAUACAUUUUAAUGCUC